CAGAACUGGAGGGAUGAGUGUCAGUGACAGUAAGACAAAGAGGAACAGGAAUUUGUAGUGAAAGAUUUAGACUAACGUACGUUGCAGACCUACUUUUUUUCCCAUGCUGCCCUACUACUCCCACAGUAGAGCACUGAUGUCAAACAUGUCAAAUGCCUCGGGGGAACAGCUGAUCUGCCCCCUGCUUCAGCUGAUGACGACGCACAGCCCCAACAACAACACCCAGGCCAAUAUGGUGGUGGUUUGCAUCCAUGGUCUGGUCUCCUGCCUGGGGAUUUUUGAGAACGCACUCAUCCUCUGGGUGGUGGGCUUCCGCCUGCGGCGCCGCACGGUCACCUCGGUCUGGGUGCUCAACCUGGCAGCGUCCGACUUUCUGGCAACUCUGACCCUGCCCCUCUUCACCUUCUACCUUUACUCGUCACAUAGCUGGGAGCUCGGCAGCGUACUUUGCAAAACCCAGGCUUCCAUCUUCUUCUUGAACAUGUUUGUGUCGGCCUUCUUGCUGGCAGCCAUUUCAGUGGACCGCUGCCUUCUGGCGGCCAAGCCAGUGUGGAGCCAGAAUCAUCGCUCAGUGGUGGGAGCGUGGAAGGUGUGUGCGUUGGGCUGGAUGUGGGCAGCAAUUAAUACAUUACCUUACUUACUGUUCCGCUCUGUGACUGAGAAACAGGAUGGCAGGAAACUGUGCUAUCAUAAUUUUGCCUUGUAUUCAUCCUCCCAAGACACUCUGGGGACAGAUUGCAAAGUGAGGCAGGCAGCGACGGCCAUCUCCAAGUUGCUGCUGGCAUUCCUGUUCCCCCUGGUGGUGAUAGCAGGGAGCUACAUCCAAAUUGUCCUCAGCCUGAGGUACAGGAGCCGGAAGAGGAAGCAAAGUGCCGGCAGGCACAAUGAUGCUCUGAUUGUGUCAAACAAAGAUGGGGCAUUAGGAACUACAAGUACCCCUACAACCACGAAAACCACUAAUAUCUUUCUCAAGCCUCCGACCACCGGUCCAUCUUUAUCCCUCACACCUACUACCUUGUCCCCCUCUACCCCUAAUCCGACCAGUCAGCUGUCCCAGAGCUUCACCAAGAUGGUGACGUUUGUGAUCGCAGCAUUUGUACUGUGCUGGGCUCCCUAUCACAUCGUCUGCGUGAUAGAAGUGACAGCCGAGUACUGGAACAAGAAUCUCCACCUGGUGGAGGUAGGGCUGCCCCUGGCCACAACCUUAGCCUUCUUGAAUGCCGUGUUGAACCCCAUUCUGUAUGCCUUCAGUUGCCCGAAAUUCAGCGUGAGAAUACGACAGAGUCUGGGAGCAGUGUUUGACGGUCUGGUAGAGGAAGGAGGAGGGCUGCUGUUGGUGCCAGGGAAAAGUUUAAGAGAUCACAUUCGGCGGAAGAGCAGUCGAGAUGUGAGCCUUGCAACCCCAGGGUCCCGAAAGGGUUCGCAGUCACCCUGUCAAUCACCUGACAUCCAGCACCUCUUCCCAGUGCCUUCGCCCUCUGAAGGUCUCAAAAGCAACACUCACAUGGAGCAUACCAGACAAGAAUCAAAAGAUGAGGAGGAACAAAGCUGAGACGCUGUAGUUUUGGCUUUAUGUGUGGUUUAGUGUAAUGAUUUCAGAUAUGUCUUAAUGUACAUGUUGGCCUUAUUCAGUGGACACCCUCUGACCCUCUGGCCACCACAAAUUAAUGUGGAAACGGAAUAAGUAUUACAGUUGGAUACAGUAUUUUAAGCCAUGCUAGCAGCUGGUUUAAGGGACAGCAAUGUCGAUCUGUCGCUUUAUUCAUCCACUACGUUGUUCCCGACUGAAAAUUGGAAAUUUUAUACAGACAUAUAUGGUCCACCGAGGGAAAAUGUUACGGACUUUGGUGAUCCCCUGACUUUCCCUUUAACCAUGAGGUUGACAUUUUUGGUUUUUAUUGAAAUACCUAAAAACUAUUGGCUGGAUUGCCAUCACAUUUGGUACAGACAUUUAUGUUCCCCAGAGGAUGAAUUGUAAUCACUUUGGUGAUC